AUGAGCGAGAACUACGGUAACCAUUCGGAAACUGAGCAUUUCACGCACCUGGCAUACGAAUCUGGGGCUCCGGAAAGCACAAUAGCACCGGACGAUUCAGCAAACAGCAAUAGCAGAACUAGUAACCAUUUCAAUAACCUCCCGAGUUCAAACGCAUCGACGUGCUGCAGAUAUUUCCGCACGCAGUUCAACAGGAAAUUCGCCGGGAAGCGCACCAACAAAUAUUUUGUUGAUAUCCUUUCUGCCUCCAAGCCUGCUGUUGUUGCCGCUGCUGCUGUCGUUGUGGAUGCUAAUGUCGAUACUGUAUUUGUUGAGGAUGAUGGUAGUGGCGCUGAAAGUGAUGGAGGUGGCGAAGACGAGAACUGCGGUAAUAAUGAUGAUGACGAGAAUGAUGAUAACGAUAACAGGAAUGAAGAUGUUAACGUAGGAGGCAGUACCAUGAGUUUUGAUCAAACGGCUGCUUUGCUGAAGACCAGGAUGCAUUCAGCCGCCGAAUCUGAAUUUGCGAACUGUAUGAGAUUGCAUUUUCGGCAACCCGACUUCAUCAGUGAGCUGCUCCUGUUGCGCAGCCAGCUGAUCUUAUACAGUCGUUCCAUUGCUCCGGCAGAAUCUGCCCGUAACUGCGGCAUUCUAGCAGAGUAUCCGAAAAAAACUGAGCAAAAGUUUGCAGAAGAUGCGUCCGAAUCCGUUGAGCAGCGGCCAUGA